AUGGCAAACAAAUCCUUAUCUCUCCGCACUGUAGAGGAAUCCAAGGAAACUCUCUUUACAUCUGAUGAAGAGGCGGUGUACAGGAUUCCUGCUCUAAUCUACCUCGGAGACGACAAUAUCCUGGCCUUUGCAGAGCGCAGGAAGACUAUAGAUGAUGCCAGCACAGUGGCGCUGGACAUGAGAGCAGGAAAGGUGAACAGGAUUAAGGGAACCAAUCCUGCAGUGACGAUUGAGUGGUCAGAUCUAAAUCCAGUUAAGGAGGCACAACUUCCUGGAUACCGUCCUAUGAACCCCUGCCCGGUGUAUGAGAAGAACAGCAAAACACUGUACCUGUUCUUCAUCUGUGUCAAAGACGGAGUCACAGAGCAGGAACAGAUUAAGUCCGGCAACAACCAGACCCAUCUCUGCUACAUCAAGAGCACUGAUGAUGGCCAAACCUGGAGUGAGGUGACUGAAAUCACUGAAAAUGAGUUGGUUGAAAUCGAGCAGUGGGCCACAAUGGCUGUUGGGCCAGGCCAUGGUAUUCAAAUGAAGAGUGGUAGAUUGAUUGUCCCACUUUAUGCUUAUUAUCGUCAUGGCUGUUGCUGUUGCUUUUACUGUUGCUGUUGCUGUAAUUCUUCCUUUGCACUCUGCCUGUACAGUGAUGAUCAGGGUAACAUUUGGAAAUUGAGCAAGAAACUUGAAAUGAAAUCCAAUGAAUGUGAAAUGGCAGAGGUUUUUGAUGAUACAGGCAAGAGCAUAAUCUACUGCAAUGCUCGUAAUGCAAAGUAUCGAGUCGGAGCUGUCAGUGAAGAUGGAGGUAAAGAGUUUAGCUCCUUUGAAAAAAAACACCUUAAACCUGCCUGUUGUGACAACAAGUCUAAACUUGUGGACACAGGCACAGGCUGUCAGGGAAGUGUAGUGUCCUUUCCAGAUCAAAGUGAAGUGCAGCCAGAUCAUAACAAGUGGCUCCUCUACAGCCACCCGACUGAUAAGCACAAAAGGGUUAAAUUAGGAGUGUAUCUGAACAAAACCCCACAGGAUCCAACACAAUGGAGCAAACCCUGGAUCAUCAACAGUGGACCCAGUGGUUAUUCAGACCUGGCUUACAUUGAUGAUGGUUGGUUUGUUUGUUUAAUGGAGUGUGGGAAGCAUGCAUACACUGAGCAGAUAGUGUGUCGGAUUUUUAGCUACGAUGAUGCGGAGCAGGCCAUUGCAGAGUAG